UAGCCGCCCGCUGCCCCGGCCCCCACCAGAGCAGAGGCCGCCACACCCUCUCGUCCCCUCUCCUCGGCUCCUCCCCACCCCUCCCUCGGUCCCUCCUACCCCUCCGCUCCCCUCGGCGCGGCGCGGAAGAAGGCCAAGGGGGACGGCAGGCAGGAAGAGGCUUCGAGAUUUUUGCGGAACUCCCACGCUACCACCUUCUCUCCACCACCACCACCACCACCACCGCUCCUCUAAGCCUGCGUCCCGUGUAGGGUUUCCGCGCGCUACCGUCUCCACUCCAAUCCCAGACACAACCCCCGCCCGUCCUACCACCGCCGCAUUCGGAGCUCUGCAUCUGCCUGCAGCCGAGUCGCCAAUCGCCGCCUACCCCGCCCGAGGAGCUUCGUACCGGUUUGGGGAUUUCGGUUCCCCACUGUUGCCGGUUGUGUUGGGGGAUCUGGGUGGAGUGUCUUGUUUUGGAGCGAUUGUUUUCUGGCGAUUUGGGCGUGAUUAUCAGGGUUGAGUGGAUGAUGGUGAGGUCGGGUGAUUAGAUUUGGGGGUUGGUCGGGGAGGGGGUUCGGUUUAGUAAUUUUUGGGCCCCUAGUUUCUCUGCUAUUGGAUUGGAUUGGGAUCCAUGAUCGAGAUUGCUCGGUGAAGUUUUUGGUCCUAGGGAUUGUGUUUUUUUGAUCGGCCCGGACCAGGAAUAGAGGGUUUCUCUUUGAGGAGAUCUAGGGCCGUGUUCUGUCGUCCUCUGUAGAUAUAGUCAAAAAAAGAAAAAGAAAAAAAGAACAAAAGAGGAGAAGGUAGUGGAACGGAGGUUGGAGGCCAUGGCGCUGAAUUGCUCAUCACGGUCGCCGCUCCUGGCAACCGAUGAUUGUGCCGGCAUGAUGCUUGGGUGUGGGUGCCGGUCGGAGGAGGCCUCCCCGCUGUCAUCCUGCGGGGUGAAUUCGCUGUGGUGGGAUGACCUGGAGCUGGAGCUGGAGGAGGAGGUGGACGAGUCCGACCCUGUGGAUCUUUUACCCACAGACCCCUUUGGGAUGAACCUGGAGACCUCAUUCACUGCGGCGAUUGCCAGUUGCAUCGAGGACCUAACUGUCAUGUCCGGUGCAGGGCAUUUUGGAAAUGGUGGCGAUGAUGAUCUUUUCGCCGACCUGAGUUAUCAUUAUUUCAAUCAGGCUUUUGUGUUUGCUCCGGAGCCGUGUAUUGGUGGCUAUAUGGGUGUUUUUGAGGGCUCUUUUGGGUUUGGAGGCCUCUCUGGUGGUGGAGGCAUGGACCAAUUUUCACGGUUGCCUUUUGAGCCUGCUGGGUCCAUGGAGGAUCCAUCUAGCUCUUGCGAGGCAACUUUGGCAUGCUGUGAUACAGUUGAUGCUGCUCCUGUCCAAGAGGGAAAUGAUGCACAUGAGGGAAUGGUGUUUGUUUUGGGCUAUCUUGGCUUACGUGACAUCCUUUCUCUUGAGAUGGUGUGCAAGUCAUUGCGUUCAGCUAUUCGGAAUGAACCAUUUUUAUGGAAGUGCAUCCAUAUUGACUCGCAGUUGGGCGAGAAGAUUUCUGAUGCUGAUCUUCUCUGCUUGACACAAAAGUCCCUGGGUUCUUUGCAGUGCCUUAGUCUUGAGGGUUGCACUGAAAUCUCAGAUCAGGGACUGAAGGCUAUUUUAGAAAGUAAUCUACAGUUAACAAAGUUGGGCAUUUUUGGCGCAUUCCGGAUGACUUACCAAGGUCUUAUUGACAAUCUGAGGUCAUUUAAUAUGGUAGCAGAUAUUGGUAUUAAGAAACUCAGAGUUGCAAACCGCUUCACUUUAUCAGAAGCGCAAUAUGAGGAGUUAUUGUCCUUGUUGCGAAUAGACAAUGGGCAGGCAUUGCACAAACAGGAGCCACGUAUCUUUCAUCCGGAUAGUCUUCUACCAGAUCCUCAGGGUGGAUAUGUUCCUGAUGGUUUCAUGCCAGAUCUUCAUGAUGAAUACGCUCUUGAUAUUGAGAAAUGCCCUCUUUGUCCAAACUACAAGCUUGUUUUCGAUUGCCCAUCAGAGGAAUGCAAGAUCAGCGGAUCUGUUACUUGCAGAGGGUGUGCUGUUUGCAUCAAGAGAUGUAUAAAGUGUGGGAGAUGUAUAGACGAUGAGUUUCAUGAGACAUUUCUUCUGGAGAGCAUCUGCCCUAUCUGUCAGCCGCAUGGAGAUUCAUCUCCCUCUGAAAAAUAGAUGUUCCGUCUUAUCCAUUGGAUUGGAUGGAUACAGUCCUAACAUAGCAUUUCUUUUGUUGAUGCUCCCAUCCAUGUGGGGCCAUCUUGACAGAGUAUCUCUAACAAGGAAAAGAACAAAAAGAAAGGUAUACUUUGCUAUGAGCGUAGGUGCAGCGGAUAUAUUGUGUUUGCUUGCAAGAAAAAAGAAAAAAGAAAAAAAUCCAGAAAAACAAAAGUGAAAGGAUGGAUUGGCUGUUCAACUGCGAGCAGUGGGUAGUGCCAAACUGACAAUGGAGGAAUGUGAAGUGCUCAGAGUGUGGAAGUACUGUGUGUAAGAUUGUUCGAGUGGGGCUGCUUGAUGCUGCAUGUUCUUGGAACUUCAGAUGGAAGAUAUUAGCUUUUUUGCCCCCCCCCCCCCCCCCCCCCCCCCCCCCAAAAUAAAAUCUGAUGUACCUACCUGUGUACUAUGUUAUCGGACAAAUGUAAUAGUUACUUGUCUGUGUUGUAGAAACAUCGUGCCAUCUGACUUGUGCCAGCUACAUUCGAAUAAAUAAAAAACUGACUUCUAACUUA